AUGAAACUAAUGGAAUCUGACAAAUUAUUUUCAUUUACUUUGCAUUUUUGUUUUUUAUACCUUUGUUUUGUUCCUGAAGGUAGUUUUGCUGGAACAGUGUCAACAGCAGGCUCUCUCACGGCCAUUAUUGGAGGUUCUGUGGACUUCACUUGUACAUAUACACUAGACUCUGAUGAUACAGUCUAUCCAGGAUCUAUUUCUUGGCAAGUUAAAACAGGACCAGUGGGUUUUUCGAAUGUAGCCUCUUUUUCUCCUCCUGGAACAGGUGGUUCCAAUUCCUUUACAGACUUUGCUACUGAAUAUAAGAAUCGAUCCGAAUUAUUUAAUGUUACAGCUAAUGGAGCUAAUUCUUAUGUUGCUGUUAUGAGAGUUAACGAAGUGUUGUGUUCAGAUGAGAAGUACUACAGUUGUUCUGUUUUAUUUAUUAAUACUGAAUCAGGCCCCGUAACUAUGACAAAAGAAACAUCUCUCACAGCUAAAGCACCUGCUGAACAGCCUUAUGAAAUUCCAGUUCCUGUACCAGACAAUAUAGAAGAGAACACGGAAGUGACUUUUUCCUGUACAGCAAAUGUUGGAAAACCUCCAGGACAAAUCAGAUGGUGGCGCUACAGGAAAGGGAUAACCGCUCCACAGGAAAUGUCAGGGGUGUCUACGAACACUCCACAGAUUCAGGAAGGUGUGUGCGUCUACAACGUGACCAGCACAGUAACGUACACCAUGACAAAAGACGAUGACCAGUCUGUGUGGAGAUGUUUCGUGGACAAUGAACUGUUGACAAUGCAAGAUCGUGACAAACCGAACCAAGAGUCUAAAAGGGUUAACGUAUUUUUUAAGGUCAACGUUCCCAGAAUAAGGAAGGUACCAGACACCGGUGAUAACUCUCAGUAUUCUGCUGGUUCUUCUGUGACCUUGAUCUGCGAAGCUGAAGGUAAUCCAACACCAGGGAGUCACACAAAUACGGCUGUAAACAGGUAUCAAUGGACAUUCAAAGCUAGUCCCAGUGACGGUGCUAGAGAGCUAUCAUCCAGUAAUGGGACACUGACUCUGACAAAUCUUCAGGAAACUGACACAGGGACAUACACUUGUACAGCAUUUAAUGGAUUUCAAGGGAAAUUUUUCAAUGCAUCUAACGACUUAAGUUUACAAAUUGGUAAGGGAUGGUUUCAUUUUCAUUUUUUCCAUUGA